CAGAGGGUUGCUAAGGACAGGAGCGGUGUGAUAUCUGACAACGAGCUUCAGCAAGCACUGUCCAAUGGCACCUGGACUCCAUUUAACCCAGUGACUGUCUGAUCGAUCAUAUCCAUGUUUGACAGAGAGAACAAGGCCAGCGUGAACUUCAGUGAGUUCACUGGCGUCUGGAAGUACAUCACGGACUGGCAGAACGUCUUCCGUACCUACAACAGGGACAACUCGGGCAUGAUCGACAAGAACGAGCUCAAGCAAGCCCUCUCAGGUUUCGGGUACCGGCUCUCUGAUCAGUUUCACGACAUCCUCAUUCGGAAGUUCGACCGACAAGGCCGGGGGCAGAUCGCCUUCGACGACUUCAUCCAGGGCUGCAUCGUGCUGCAGAGGUUGACAGAUAUAUUCAGACGCUACGAUACAGACCAGGACGGCUGGAUCCAAGUGUCAUAUGAACAGUAUCUGUCCAUGGUCUUCAGCAUCGUAUGACCCUGCCUUUCUGCAAACACCCGCAUGACUUACGGGAAAAAAGACUGA